AUGAAUACAUGUUUUUUUAAAUCUGAUAAAGAUCUUAAUUGUUUAGCCUUUCAUCCGACACUUGAUCUUCUGGUUUCAGGAUCAAUCAACGGCCACCUCGAUAUAUUCAAAUUUGAUGAAAUUGGUGGAGAAUUAGUGAAAGAAUCUUCCAAUUCUACUACACAUUCCAGUUCUGUUAGAAUCUCCAAGUUUUCUCCUGACGGAACAGAAAUCAUGUCGGCAUCUUCUGAUAAGACUGUUUCUCUCACUGAUUUCCACUCAAAUAAAGUAAAAUGGACUGGAAAAGGACACAAGAAUCCAGUUAACUGUGCCUGCUAUAUCAAGGAAUCUAUCCUGGCUUCAGGAGAUGAUGAGGGUGAAAUAAGGAUUUGGGAUACUAGAGCAAAAAGUUCAUGUAUAGGUAAAAUUAACGAGUUUUCUGAUUGUGUUACCGACCUCAUGGUCGGACGUGAUUCUAACGAGCUUAUCGCAACAUGUGCAGAUCAAAUUGGUUGUUUUGACCAUAGAAAGUUCAAAUUGAAGGCUCUUUCUGACAACACAGAUCAUGAGUUUUUAGCCAUGACCCUCGUUAAGAAGGGGAAAAAAGUUAUUUGCGGGACUUCUACCGGUUCCAUUUGUUUUUUCACUUACGGAUUUUGGGGUGACCUUAACGACAUUAUUCCAGUAAAUAAGGAGACUGUGAAUGGAAUCGUAAAGGUAACUGAGGACUUGGUUUGCACUUGUGGAGAUGAUGGAGAAAUAUACGUUGUGCAGUUGUUCCCAAAUAAGGUCUUAGGUAAACUUAAAGACUUCAAAAACCUUGAUGUCAAAGUUCGGUCGACUGAUUCUCUAACUAUAAACCACAACAAUACUCUAUUAGGAUUUCUUGCCAAUUUCGAAUAUGUUUUCCUGACAAGUACCGACGAGGCUAACAGAUUGUUGUCCAAUGAUCAACCGGAUUUUUUUGAUGAAAUUUGA